ACAAGUGUGGCUGCGGCCGGCUGGGCUACAACUGUGGUACCGGUAGAUAUCAAACAUCCAUGCAGCUGCAUAGGCUAUGAAAUCCUGACUGAGCUCACCAAUUCUAAGAUGCUGUAACUUUAGAAGAAAGAAGCUCCUCUUCAAACUAGAACGUGCAGCAGCGCAGCAAACUUAGAAGUGCAAUUCAAAAUGCCAGAAGCUGAACUGAUUGUUGCAAACUCCAUCAAAGUGUUGACUCAGAAUGGAGAGUGUCGGGUUGACCUUUGUCUUGGAGACAUCACAAGACUGCCUAAGAAGGAUGCUGUGGAUGUCAUCGUCAUUUCUGCUUUUAGAGGUGACUAUUCCCCUUCUCCUAAGUCUGUCAUCGGAGCCCUCCAGCGUACCUUCAACAUCAGCGUUGAGAAUCUCGCCAAAGACAAGGAGGAAGAUCUCCGCAAGCUCUACUCCUGCUGGUGGUCUAAGCCUCUACCCAGCAAGCUUCCCUACAGAAGACUGCUUUGCUUCGAGACUCGCAGGGUCAUGGAUGGGCGCCCCCAAGAGUUAGUUGCAAAUGUUUUCCGCUGCCUGGUACCUAUACUGAACAAUGAAGAUGGGACAGUUAUUAUACCACUUCUAAAUGCACAGCAGGGAGCUGAUGAGGUAGCCAUGUUAAAAGGGAUGGUGGAGGCUGCAGUGAAUUGGAUGAAAGCUGGCCUGCCUCUGAGGCAGAUGAAACUGGUCCUCUAUGCUCAGGUGAAAGAUGGAGAGGUCAAAGGUCACUCGCUUAAACGAUUUGAAGACGUGACGCAAACCUUUGAUGACCUCAAAGAACGCUACGAAAUGCAGUUGCUCCUUCCAAAGGCAGUUCUGUUGGAGUUUGAUGUGUACCUGUCAUUCAGUAAGGAGGAUGAGGAAAUUGCCAAUGUGAUCAGGGAGAAGCUGAGCAGUGCCAAAAACGGCAUCCUGAUCUAUGACAGCUCCCAGCAGGCAAUGAAUACUGACAGUGUGUUUCAACAAGAUAUGUACUCAGUCAUGAUGAAAAGUGCAAGGGUAGUUACAGUUCUCAGUCCUCACUACCUCAAAAAUGAUGCCUGCAUAGAACAAUACAACAUCGCUCUCUGCUGCAAUCGCAGAGCUCUCCGAGACAUGCUGGCUCCUUUCUAUGUGGACUCCAUAGAGCUAAUGCCCACUUACAUGGGCCUAGUUCAGUAUGUAGACUGUAGACCCCAUGAUCCGUCAAAGAUCCAAGUUGCCUGUUCAGAACUAUCUGUCUCCCUCUCCGUAUCUGUCCACGCUGAGCUCACCGUUGCCGAGUUUGAUCCUCUCCGCUAUGACGUCUUUCUCUCGUACUCUCACCGUGACACAGAAAAGGCUAACUGUUUUGUUGAUAUGCUGCAACAUUUAGCUCCAAAUUUGAAGAUUUUCUUUGAUGUACAGGAAUUGAAAGCAGGUAAAUCCUGGCAGCGUACCCUGUAUCACUCCAUAGAUGGCUCUCGUUGUAUGUUAGCACUCAUAUCAGAACCUUACCUCAAGUCAGCUGUGUGCCAGGAAGAGUUUGCACUUGCUCAGGCCAAGCAUUUUCAAAAGGGCAAACAGCAUCUGCAGCUGAUCCCCAUUUUUCUUGAAGAUCUUGAUGCUGUCCCACAGGAGUUCACCCAUAUUCCAACGGUCAAGGGAACUCCUGAUGUCUUUGAGGAUACUGUCAGCACUGUAUGUCCAGCGGUCGUCCAUUGGCUAACAGGAGGAAAGGUGGAUUCUAGUGAAGUCCUCACCAAGCUCUUUGAUGAAGAGAAUAUUCCUUGUUCAUCUGCAGAUGAUGAGAUGCGAUCUUUCCACCAGGCAUCUAUCCAGAAGGAAUUUGGUACUUCUGACAUUUUACUAAAUCCCGGAGUUCACUUCCCACCAGCAUUAAGCAGUGUCUUACAACAUUCUGAUUCAGACACUAAGAUCGGAGAGAGUGAAGCUACAUCUUCAACCAAUUAUGAUGUUGUAAUCAGUUACCACAGUGAAGAUCAGAAGUUUGUUGACUUCAUUUGCAAACUCCUGGAGAGCAAUGCUCCAAAUCUUGCUGUCAAAUCCGUUGCAGGCAACAAACGGGACAAUCUGGCUUCACUUGACAAGGUAGACUGCAUCAUACCGGUUUUGUCUCCGAGCUACAUUGAAAGCCCAGAGUGUGUGGAGGAGUUCCAUGUUGCCAUUUGGCGCCAAAGGGUCGCCGACCCUGAUACCCCACUCAUGCUGCCUGUGCAAGUCCACAGCUUGCCACAAAAACCUACCUAUUUUCACCUGGUUCACUGCAUUGUCAACACGACAGAUGGUCUUUGGGCACAACUGACUGGGCAGCACAAAGUGAGCCUACCCAACGACGUUGAACACCUUCGAAUUGGAGAUGGCACGUCACAGGUGUCGCGAUCUGAUGCCUUAGCACUGGUGAUGGCUGUUUAUAAGAUUCUACAUAGAUAUGUCCAAGCAAAAAAUACAUCGGUGGAUACCGAGACUUCACCCAGGCCAGCUCUCUUCAAUGUGAUGAAACUCAGGGAGCAGAUUAAACAGUUCACAGAACCAGAUUACAAAGAAACAUCUCGAUUGAUCCUACUAGACGUGGAUCCAGCUGACAUUCCUUCUAGCUGGAGGGAAGUUAGACAAGAUACGGGAGAUGAGGAAGGAGAGGACAGCCAUUCUCCAGGAAGACUGCGCACACGGAUGUACAAGAAGUCGUCUUUGUGUGGAUUAUUGUGAUUUAUACUCUUAUACAAAGGAGAAAAGGAUGAGGGUCUUUAAAAAAGGCUGAAUGAAAGGUUCCACGACAUUUGCUCUGACGACAAUUGCUCUGAUCGAAAAUCUACAUGUUAAGCCAAACGUAAAAACCUAACUUUCAAAACUAAAUAAACCCUAAUCCUUAUCUUUCCAUUAAUAUUCUGAACCAAAACCUACAAUCCUAACUCUGAGAUGUUGAGAUAUGAACAAAUGUUGUGUCAUCGAAUGAACAUUACUUUGUGAGACCAGAGACCAGUUGCACAAAU